AUGACGCUGGGUCCGGGAGCCGCUACAGGCACUCAUGCCUCAGCCGGAUCGACAGGCUCCCCUGCCUCAGCAGGCUCAUCGGGCUUUCAUGCCUUCGCUGGAUCUCUUGGCUCCUCUGCUUCCAUUGGAUCGUCCUUUGGGUUGGUGCCCUGCGGCUGGAGCCGAACGCGCCAGGGAGGGGGUACCCUCGGGACUGAGGGGAAGCCCGGCACUGAGAGUAAGCUCGGCACUGAGAGUAAGCCCGGCACUGAGAGUAAGCCCGGCACUGAGAGUAAGCCCGGCACUGAGAGUAAGCCCGGCACUGAGUGUAAGCCCGGCACUGAGAGUAAGCCCGGCACUGAGAGUAAGCCCGGCACUGAGAGUAAGCCCGGCACUGAGAGUAAGCUCAGGCACUGA